AUGGCGUCAAUAGCAAGGACAAGCGCCGUAUCUAUCGCUCAGCUUGCAGCGACCUUCAGAACUGCUGCCACAUUACCAGCCGCCUCGAGACGGAUACUCCCCGGUCCCUCGCAUGCAGCGUCAUCUUCAAGAGGUUUCAAGUUGAGCACUACCUUAGCCUCAUCAUCUACAUCUACACCCUCGUCCACGAAGGAUGAUGCAGAAGUCAAGCCUGAGAAACCGAAGCGUAGGCGUCGGUCGAGGGAGGAGAUUCAGGCGGCUCAAUUGGCCAAACUUGCAUUUGGCGUUCCCAUUCGCAGCCAGAAGAGGACGAGGACAGCGCUCGGCGGAUCUGUUGCUCCUGCGCCGGAGCCUGAAACCGUAUCACUUCCAAAGCGAGGCAGAGGACGACCUUCAAACAAAUCUCGAGAAGCUCUAAAAGAAGCAGAGGAGCGCCGAACCCAACGUACCGCAGCCGCAGCACCAGCCGCACCCGCAGCUCCAGCUCCAGCGCCGACUCAGGCCGAACAACCUCUCAGCACCAAAGUGAUGCAGGAGCUUCUCGUACACAUGUCCUACGAUCACCUUCCACCACGCGACGAGUGGAAGACGGAGUUCCCAGUCUCGAAGCAGCACGAGACCAGCUACCGAUACUUUGUCAGCAAUCGAUCCACCAUCAAGGACAUCAUCUCGCACCUCGGCAUUACGGAUCCGGAACGCAACGGCAAAAAGGUCACCAUCAUCGAAGGGUACCCUGGACCAGGGACGUUUGCCAGCGAGCUGCUCAAGCUGGAUGAGGUGGAGAAGGUGAUCGCACUGGAAGGAGCACCUUGCUACUUCAAACGAAUCGAGCUGCUGCGAUCGCAGCUCGAGGAGAAGCAGGCCGGUGCAGGUUCAAGGCUGGACACGCUGGAAUCGUCGGCGUACAUGUGGGAGACGUACAACGAUCUCGUAACCUCAGAUAAACUGGCGCAUCUCAACGGACGUGUCCUCACGUCGGAGGGAAAGCCAGUCGAUUUCACCACGGACCAAUUUGUCGCUGCCGACCACUCGGAUGCGAGCUGGCAGAAGCUCUCGCCCAUGAUCUUCUUCGCGCAGCUUCCCAACACCGUGUACGGUGAGCAGCUGUUUGCGCAGAUCAUCACAGCCAUCGCAAGUCGCAGCUGGCUGUUUCGACACGGACGAAUCCAGCUCGGUUUCGUCUGCGGUGAGUCGCUAGCGAAACGUAGUGUCGCCGAAGCGGGUGACAAGGUUUCGCGCGGUAAGCUGGGUACCACCGUCCAGUGUCUAGCGGACAUCCAAGUUCAUCGGUACGCACACGAUCUCGCUCCACACACACAUCACUUUUUCCCACCCACCAUGAGCGUCGGUCCACGCGUCACGGUAUCCGGUUCAUCCAUCAUCCCCAACAGCAACCCUUCCACCGGUCUUACACGCACAGGAAUGGUCAUGAUGACGGUCACACCCAAAGCAAAUCCUCUCAUCAAACCGACCGAGAUCGAAGCGUUCGAAUUCAUCACCCGAAACUUGUUCAUCCUGCGCACCAAACCCGUCGCCGAAGCUCUGACACACGUCGCUCCUGGUGGACAGAAUGUACUCAAGAUGACCAGUCGAGAACAGGUGGAAAAAGGUCUGAUCAGGGAGGAAGAGGUGAUCAGACCGGACGAGAUCGUGAGCGAUCUGACGAACGCCCAGUGGGCUUGUCUCGCGAGGAUGUUCGAGAAAUGGCCUUUCCGACCCAGACACCUGUUCGAGGAGGGUAGGAUCAGGAAGGACAACAAGAGUCGCCAUUAG